AUGCUUCGAUGCCUUUACUCAUUCAUUAAAUUCAUGGUUAAUGGGAGAUCCGAUGGAAUACCCUAUUCACGCAGGACUACGUGCCACGGAACCAGACGCCUGAGAAUCGAACAAGACAGUGUGGCUCUUUGCCAACGCCGGCAACAAACCGAAAAUUUUACACCUCUGGGGCUCUUGGGCCUUGAUGAACUGAUUAACGAGCCGAUGUCAGACAACGCGGGUGGUCCAAGCCCGGUUGGAGGCAUGAUGAUGUCAGACAACGUGGGUAGAUUGCGCCACAUCGAGAUUUCGCAACCCCUAGCGGAGCCCGCGUUCGUCGAUUCCGUUGACAAGUUAGGAUUGGCGGAGAUCAAUUGA